CGAGCUGGCUGCAGCCGGUGCAGUUAGCCAGGACUGAGAAGCCGCUGCCCGGCGGGAUCUCCCUCAGAAUGGGUAAAAAGAUAAAGAAGGAAUCAGAGCCCCCUCCCAAGGAUGUGUUUGAUCCAUUAACAAUUGAAAGCAAAAAAGCAGCAACCGUGGUGUUAAUGCUUAAUUCUCCAGAAGAAGAAAUUUUGGCUAAAGCAUGUGAAGCCAUUUAUAGAUUUGCUUUAAAAGGUGAAGAAAAUAAAGCAACCCUCCUUGAACUUGGAGCUGUGGAACCGUUAACUAAGCUGCUCAACCACGAAGACAAAAUUGUGAGAAGAAACGCUACUAUGAUAUUUGGAAUUCUGGCUUCUAAUAAUGAUGUCAAAAAACUGUUAAGGGAGUUACAUGUCACGAAUUCUGUGAUUGCUCAGCUGGCCGCAGAAGAGGAAGUAGUUAUUCAUGAGUUUGCUAGUCUUUGCCUAGCAAACAUGUCUGCAGAGUAUACCAGCAAAGUGCAAAUAUUUGAACAAGGUGGAUUAGAGCCUCUCAUCAGACUACUAAGCAGCCCAGACCCGGACGUGAAGAAGAAUUCUAUCGAGUGCAUUUACAACUUGGUCCAGGAUUUUCAGUGCCGAGCGACACUUCAAGAACUAAAUGCAAUCCCUCCUAUAUUAGAUCUCUUGAAGUCAGAAUAUCCAAUUAUUCAGUUGUUGGCUCUCAAAACCUUAGAUGUUAUUACCAAUGAUAAGGAGUGCCGGGCAAUGCUAAGAGACAGUCAAGGAGUGGACCACCUUAUUAAGAUCCUAGAAACUAAGGAAUUGAGUGACCUUCAUAUAGAAGCGCUUUCCGUGUUGGCCAAUUGCCUUGAAGAUAUGGAUACCAUGGUGAUGAUUCAGCAGACAGGGGGUCUUAAGAAGCUCCUAUCAUUUGCAGAAAACUCUACAAUUCCUGAUAUUCAAAAGAAUGCAGCAAGAGCAAUUACUAAAGCCGCUUAUGAUCCUGAAAACAGAAAACUUUUUCACGAACAAGAAGUUGAAAAAUGCCUUGUAACCCUUUUGGGUUCUGAAAACGAUGGAACUAAAAUUGCUGCUUCCCAAGCUAUUUCGGCAAUGUGUGAGAAUUCGGGCAGCAAAGAAUUUUUCAAUAAUCAGGGGAUCCCACAGUUAAUUCAGUUACUAAAAAGUGACAGUGAAGAGGUAAGGGAAGCUUCUGCCCUUGCCCUGGCGAAUCUGACCACUUGUAAUCCCGCUAAUGCAAACGCUGCUGCCGAAGGUGAUGGUAUCGAUGCGUUAAUCAACACCCUGUCCAGCAAACGAGAUGGAGCCAUAGCCAACGCCGCCACGGUGCUGACGAACAUGGCCAUGCAGGAGCCCCUGCGUCUGAGCAUCCAGAGCCAUGACGUCAUGCACGCCCUGCUCAGCCCGCUGCACUCUGCCAACACUGUCGUGCAGAACAAAGCCGCUCUCACGGUUGCUGCAACUGUGUGUGAUGUCGAGGCCCGGACAGAGUUGAGAAAUUCAGGUGGGCUGGAGCCGCUGGUAGAGCUCCUGCGUUCCAAGAAUGAUGAGGUCCGACGGCAUGCCAGCUGGGCCAUAAUGGUCUGUGCCAGUGAUGAGCCCACGGCUGCUGAGUUGUGCAGGCUUGGGGCUUUAGAUAUCCUUGAAGAAAUUAAUCUAUCAGUAAGUCGAAAAAAUAAAUUCAGUGAGGCAGCUCAUAACAAAUUGCUCAACCACCACCUGUCUCUGAAAUACAGCCAGACUGGCUAUUUGUCAUCAAGUAACAUAAUUACUGAUGGAGUCUAUGAUUAUGGUCGGGCAGAAACUUGGGAAUCAGAACUUCAUCCUUAAACUUUGUCUGGCUAUAAGAUUUUGCAUUUGUGUAUAGUUUUAACUAGAAUCUGAUGACCUGAACUUAAAUUAGUUUGCUGCUGCUAGUCUCAAGUUUCAGAGAAGAUAUAAAGCAAUCAGCUU